AUGGUUGCAGUUUUAGUUUAUGUGGAUGAUAUAGUAAUUACUGGUAGCAGUUCAGAGUUGAUAGCUAAUACUAAGCAAUUGCUUCACUCACAUUUCAAGCUUGAAGAUUUGGGGCUAUUAAGAUAUUUUCUUGGUUUAGAGGUAGCAAGGUCAGUUAAGGGUAUUACUAUUUGUCAACGAAAAUAUGCUUUAGAGUUUAUUUCCACAACUGGUUUAUCUGGAGCUCGACCUUCUCUUAUUCCUCUUGACCAGCAUAAGAAAUUUACCUCAUCAGAUUAUGACAAACAGUUUGCCAUUUCUAAAGAUCCCUUAUUACCUGAUGCUGCCAUUUAUCAACAGCUCAUUGGAAAACUUCUUUACUUGUUGUCUCAUAUGCAGGUUGCCUUGAAAAUUGUUAAGUACAUUAAACAUGCUCCUGGUUUGGGGUUAUUUUUCCCAUCUGAUAACACAAUCCAGCUUAAUGCUUACUGCGAUUCAAAUUGGGCUUCUUGUUUGUUAACCAGAAGAUCAGUCACUGGCUUUUGUGUGUUCUUGGGGAAUUCACUUGUGUCUUGGAAGUCUAAGAAGCAAGUUACAGUGUCUAGUUCUUCUUCAGAGGCUAAAUAUAGGGCCAUGGCCUCUACUAAAUGUGAGAUUGUUUGGUUAGUGCGGUUAUUUUCUGAUCUUAGUUAUCCAAUUUGUUCUUGA